AUGGGCUUUUUCAGUGAUGAUUCCGAUCAGGCGAACAACUACGACCAGUGGAACAACUCCAACCCCCAGGACCACGAGCCUUCCUUCGCUCAUGAGCUGAUUGCUGGUGCUGCCAGCUUCGAGGCCGCCAAGGCAUACGAGAACCACGUUGCUGAGAACGGUAAGCAGAUUCUACAUAGCUCCGACAUGCAUAACAGGAUGAAGAAAGAUCAGCAGCUAACAGGACCUAUUUACUUGACAGGCCAGCCUCCUAACCACCAGAUGGCCAAGGAGCUCUUUGCUGGUUUUUCUGGUGCCUUCAUUGACCGUGAGAUCGAGACCAAGGGCCUGGAUUUCAUUGAUCGUGAGAAGGCCAAGCGACAGGCCGAGGAGCACUUCGACAACGUUGAUCCUAACCAAUAUGGCUACUAG